AUGACCACCGCUGCGAGACAGCAUGAGCUCCCUAUAUUCGCACGUCCUCCAAAGACGUGGACCCAGACGCUCAAUGGGUUGUUCUUCUUCAUAUUGUUUAUCCCAGGAUGUCUCAUGAUUCACGGGGUUCAACUUUUCAUUCUAUUGCCCUUGAAGCUUUUCUCUUCAAGCCCACGAGCCUGGAAGUUAUAUGACGAGGGGGUACGAUAUACGAAGGGCGCUUUUGCGACGCUUAUGAAUUUGAUGAACCAAUGGUUUGCCCCGACACGCCUUUCCAUCACAUUCGAACGGGCAGGACCAGGGAAAAUCACAGAGGAGGAAAUCAAACAUAUAGUCGAACGCGAUGCGUCUGGCAGGGUGGUGGCCUUACGCCUACCGUCUAAAACGGUCGUUAUCGCGAACCAUCAGGUCUACUCUGACUGGUGGUAUGUCUGGUGCCUCACAUACUUCAUGGGAACGCACAAGGAUGUCUUCAUUGUAUUGAAGAACAGCCUGAAGUGGAUUCCUCUCGUUGGGCCAGCAAUGCAAAUAUUUAGAUUCAUCUUUCUAGCGCGUUCAUGGGCCUCUGAUAGAAUACAAUUAUCAGCGAAACUCACAAAAAUUGGCCGACAAGCAGAACAAGAAGACAACCCAUUCACGUUUAUUCUAUUUCCAGAAGGCACCCUUGUGAGCAAAGAUACACGCCCUAUCAGCAGGAAAUAUGCGGAUAAGCUUGGUGUUCCCGAUCCACUAAAUAUCUUGCUGCCUCGGUCGACGGGGCUUCACUAUAGUCUUCGCUCACUUGCCUCGCGCGUGCCAUCUUUGAAAUUGAUCGACAUCACGAUGGUAUAUCCAGGCAUACCGCCAAAGGGAUACGGGCAAUCUUUCUACACACUCCGCUCGAUAUUCUGCGACCGCGUACCUCCGCCUAUAGUGCACAUGCAUCUAAGAAUAUUUGACGUCGCAAAGGAUGUUCCCAUAGGAGACAUCUCAGGGACGAAUCCCGCUGUGACUCCCGACGGAUCUAAACCUAUCGAAGUGGACUUCCCAGAACAGGAGAAGACUGUCUUUGAUGAAUGGCUUAGGAAGUUGUGGAUGGACAAGGAUGAAUUUAUCACGACGUUCCAUCGCUUAGAUGGGUUCCCCUCUGGUCAUCACGGCACUGUCGAAAUCCCACUAGAACUAGGGAGUAAACGGGAGAUACCGAUUGCUUUCUGUUGUUUUGUUCCAGUGGCAGCAUAUGUAUUAUGGUCAAGGUUGGUGCAGGCUGUUUUAUGA